GAGCAGAGCCGGGCAGCUCAGGCCUGUGAGUGCGCAGCUGCUGGCCGGGAGCACAGGGCACUGACCUGGCUGUGGCAGGCGCACUUGUCUGGAGCCAGCAGGUGUCCCGUGGCCUUUCCCUUAGUUUCAGGCUGCCGUGUCGGGAGAGACCAGAGAGACAGGAGGGAAGAAAGGUUUCCUCCUGAGCUGGCAGGUUGGAGUCGGGACAGGCUCAGCCAUCCGGGUGAAUUCCAGAGCCCUGGUGCCUCCAGACCAAAAGGCUGGGUGCCGAGGCUCAUGCCUGUAAUCCCAGCACUUUGGGAAGCUGAGGCAGGUGAAUCGCUUGAGCUCAGCAGUUCAAGACUAGCCUGUGCAACAUGGCAAAACCCCAUCCAAAGAAAAAAUACAAAAAUUACCCAGGCCAGAAGUGGUGGUGUGAGUUAGUAGUCCCAGCUACUCAGAAGGCUGAGGUGAGAGGGUGACUUGAGCCAGGAAGGUUGAGGUUGCAGUGAGCUCAGAUUACGCCAUAGCAGCUUGGGUGGCAGAACGAGAUCCUGUCUCAAAAAAAAUGGUAACAAUAAAGAACAAAGAGUGGGUCCCCAUUGACUCCACCCAGCUCCAUCUCCAUACUAUCUCAGAACAACUUGACAAGGCUGAAGGCACAGGAGGCUGAGAAAGAGGGUGGGAGUUGGAAUGGAUGUGGAGGAGAGGGGAACUGGCCUGGAGGAGGCUGCUCCACCAAGGUCAGCCCCGUGGGAGGUCUGAAGCCCUUCCUGGCCCUGGAAGGAAGAAGUGGGGAAGAGAACUCACAGUCCACUUCUGUGGGCCAGCUUGAGCGCCUGUUACCUCAUUCCCAUUUUCCUGGUUGGCUGAGCCCAGAAAGGCCAGGCAUUCACAGACCCUUUCACAGAUAAAGAAACCAAGGCCCAGAGAGGGUGAGCAGCUGACCUGAGGUUGCACAGCCAGUGAUGACAGGCCUGGAUGCCUGCCACAGCCUGAGAUCAGGGGUGGGGCAGGGCUCUGGGAAGCACUAUCUCCUUCCUGGUGUAGUUUUCCCCACCUAUCCAAUAGAAAUAUUGAGUUGGGAUGAGUUCUAGGGGAGCUCUGAGGUCCCAGCAAGGAGAGGUAGAGAUGGUCUCCUGCUACAUGUGGCUGUGAGCAGUAAGGGAGGCUGAGCUGUACCGUUCCCAGCGCCCCAGCUGCCUCCUGCCUCCCAGCACCUCCUUGCCUCCCUCUCCACUGCAGCUUCCCAUUUUUCCUUGUCUCUGUUCUUCUGUCAUCCUUUCUCCCCUUUUCUGCUUCUAGCUUUUGGUUCUGUUUCUUUGUCUCCGUCUCUUCUCUCUCACUCCCCUUCAUCUGCCCAUCUCUCCCUGUGGGUUUUGUGGUUUUGACCUCUUGGCCUCUGUUCUCCAUGGACUCAAAGCCAUUCCAUUCCUACCCACUCUCAUGAGGGUGAGGCCAGGGCCAGGCCCUAGGUAGAUGCCUGCGGGAGUCACUAAGUUCUCCAGGAGCCUGGAACCCAGAAAAGCGUUGGCUCAGACCCUUGCCCAGGAGUGAAAUGUGCCCAGUGUCAUGCUGCCACCUGGCUCUGCCCUGAGGGUCACCCUGGCCAACACAACCCUCACAGCUGAGGCAGGUUUCCUCCAGCCUGGCCCACAGGACUAGGUGCCUACCAGCUGGCAGCUUGUUCUUGCAGAGCGAGAAAGCAGCCAUGGUGCCAGGGGCUCAGGUGGCCCAGCCCGUAGCAAGCCAAAUGGUCACCUGGGCACUGGGGGAGAGGACACGGCCCCAGUCACAUGGAGAUUACACUCCCAUGGGAGAGACUAGUGCUCAACAGAUAGACACAGAUAAACUCCCAUAACUGAGCUAUUGUCAGUAAUACCAUGAGGAAGGAAAGCAGAGGGCAGGAGAAUGUGGAGGGGGUCAGGGGAUGGCGUGCGGGGUGGAAGCUGCCUGGAAGAGAUGGCCCAGCCCGUACAUGAGGGUGCACUGGCCCUGGACAGAAACCCACUUCCAACUCCCUUCACUCUCUUGUGCUGGGGUUCACAGCUUUUGAUGCAAGAAUGCAAAAGAGAAACCUUUGCCUGGAACUGGCUGGGCGCAGUGGCUUAUAUCCUGUAAUCCCAGCACUUUGGGAGGCCAAGGCAGGCGGAUAACCUAAGGUUGGGAGUUCAAGACCAGCCUGACCAACAUAGAGAAACCCCAUCUCUACUAAAAAUACAAAAUUAGCCAGGCGUGGUGGCUCAUGCCUGUGAUCCCAGCUACUCAGGAGGCAGAGGCAGGAGCAUCACUUGAACCUGGGAGGCGGACAUUUCAGUGAGUGAAGAUCACACCAUUGCACUCCGGUCUGGGCAACAAGAGCGAAAUUCUGUCUCAGGAAAAGCAAAGAAAUCUUUGCCUGAAACUGAUCCUUCUAGCCUCCCUAUCUGUCGCGCACCCAUAUGGGGCAUCUUAACUGUCUCAUGUGAAGACUUAGGUUUCUGGUCUCUGGUGAUCACAGAAGGGGACCUGGAUCCUUGGGAAGCAGAUAUGUCUUGAAGCUUCUCUCAGCUUCUCCUGAGCCUGUGCUCCAUUUCUCUCUUUCUCAGGCCCACGUCUCGGGAGGCCACCAGUGAGUGGAAUCCUGCUCAGCUUGGCCCCAAUAGCCUCUUCAGCACCCCCCCACCCCGAGGCCUUUCUCAGGCUGCUUAAGAGGGCUGGGUUCACAGUCAAGCAUGUCAGGAUGUAAAGCUCAGCUCCCAGCUGUAUGGCCCCAGACAAAUUUAUCUCCCUUUCUAAACCUCAGUUUCCUCAUCUGUAAAAUGAAGCUAAUUGGAAUGCCAGCCUCAGGAUUGUGACGGAUUUGAUAGGUAAUGUGUGCAAAGAACUUCGCACUGGGUCUGGCACAAUAAGCAGCGUAUGCGUGGCAGCUGUGGUUGUCACUGCUGUUAUGGUGACUCUUGGCCCCUUUGCUACAGCACCCUAAAUUCAGAAGGGCUCUCCUCCUGCUUCCUCCCGGCACCUCAUGUUUCACCUCACAAAAGCCAGCACCAUCCUGUUAAAAACUAGGUUCGAGCUGUGGUCUCCUCUGCCUACUCACAGAGCUUUUGACUCUAGAGAAAACCCCCAAGCUCCCACCCACAGGGCCCUAGGGGACCUGCCCUGUCUCCCCGCACCCACUCCCACUGUCUGCAGCCACACUGACCUCCAAGCUUUUUUUUUUUUUUUUUUUUUUUUGAGAGGGAAUCUCGCUCCAUUGCCAGGCUGGAGUGCACUGAUAUAAUCUCGGCUCACUGCAACUUCCGCCUCCCGGGUUCAAGCGAUUCGCCUGGCUCAGCCUCCCAAGUAGCUGGGACUACAGGUGCCCACCACCACGCCUGGCUAAUUUUUGUAUUUUUAGUAGAGACAGGGUUUCACCAUGUUGGCCAGGUUGUUCUCGAUCCCUUGACCUCGUGAUCUGCCUGCCUCAGCCUCCGGAAGUGUUGGGAUUAUAGGCAUGAGCCACCACGCCCAGCACCUAGCGGUCCUUUGAACAGCAAAAGCCACUUCUGGGACAGAGCAGAUGUGGCUGCACCCCAGGGCCUUUUCACUUGCUGUUUCCUCCCCUGGAUGCUCUUUCCCUGGACAGCUGACUCCCACACUCCCUUCACGCCCGCUCCUUGACAACUGCACAUUCCCUGCUCAGGAGCCUUGCUUUCCUCAGGAGUCCUUGCUGCCGCCUGACUUGCUCUAUAUUUCUGUUUUUUGUUCUGUGUCGUGACUGCUUCCUGCACCUUCCUGAGAGCACAGAUUGUGGUUGAGGACACAGUAGGUGCCCAAGAAAUAUUGGUUAAAUGAAUAAAGCAGCACUGCAAGGUCACUGUACAUCAUCUCAGCUCACCACAACCUCCACCUCCCGGUUCAAGUGAUUCUCCUGCCUCAGCCUCCUGAGUAGCUGGGAUUACAGGUGCCCACCACCAUGCCCAGCUAAUUUUUUGCAUUUUUAGAAGAGACAGGGUUUCACCACGUUGGUUAGCCUGGUCUCCAACUCCUGACCUCAUGAUCCAUCCACCUCAGCCGCCCAAAGUGCUGAGAUUACUUUGGGAGCCACCACCGCCCGGCGAUAUGCACCUUUUAAAAUUAUCCCAACACAUUCUGAACACCACCUGUUCUGAAGCUCUCCUUUUCUCUGGGGCCUUUUUGCACAUGUAGUUCCCUUUGCCUAAGAAGUCCCCUUCAUUGUCAUUGAUGACUGUUCCUCACCGAGUCCUCCAGGUCCAAAAGGACACCUCCAUUUUGAGGAAGGAGAGAAUUUGGAAGUGAGCCAGGGCCAUAGGGCAGAUGCGUCACGUGGGGACACACCCCACGACGCCUGGUUUCCAGACAAGGAAACAGACCCCCAGAGCCAAAUCAUAUCCCUCAAGCGACACAGCUGUGGCAGCAGCUGGGUCAGAACCACAGAAUUCUUUGUGGUGAGUGGGGAUUUAGGCUUUCAGUGCCUAGGACUUGUUGAACAUACAAGAAAGUCAGGCUCCUUCUGCCCUGUCUGCCCUCAUCUCCCCACCCAGCCCUCCUUGGGAAAGCUACUGAUGUUUGUAAAUGUUUAACUGGACACCUCAAGGAACUCUCAUUAGUUUAAUAGCUUUUCAUAUGGCAAAGGUCACCAUCAUCUGCAAAUUCGCCUACUCGCUUCAACUAUUGACUUAGCAUCUUUCUUAGGCAUAUCAUGUAAUAUCGCCUUUGCUACAUCCGUGUUAGUUUUGCACCUUCGUCUGCUGUCUUGACCAGGAAGGAUGAGUCAGGCCUGAACCUUGGGACUGUGCUCUGUUCAUUUCUCCUGAAAUGUCUGAGGUUAUAUUGGGACACAUUCAGAAUACAGAGAGUCACUACAGUGUUGACUCCUUCAUGAAUUAGAGUCUCGAUAAGUGAAAUAACUUUUGGUCUCAAUUUAUACAUUUAUACUUGUGGUGCCAAAUUCCAUAUGGAGGGCUCUUUGUUCCUUUGCUUUUUCCCUCUUUCUCUCCACCCCUUUUUUUUUCAUUUCUCUGCAAGACAUUUGCCCCCAAGUGUCUAAACAACCACUUUUGUUAAGUUUUGAUUUUUGAUCAAAUCCUGGUUGGGACAGGAUCUGAGUUUCAGGGUCAGAGAAUAGGUGGCAAAGGAGGUAAACGUAUUCAUUGGCUUUUGCUAUAAUCUGUUCAUCUGCAUCCUGGAAUGUGCAUCUCUGUGCACUUAGUGCAGAGGAGGCAUUUUUGUUUGCUUGUUUUUUGUUUUUGUUUUUUGAGACAGUGUCUCACUCUGUCGCCAGGCUGGAGUCCAUUGACAUGCUCUUGGCUCACUGCAACUUCCGUCUCCCGAGUUCAAGCGUUUCUCCUGCCUCAGCCUCCUGGGUAGCUGGGAUUAUAGGAGCCCACCACCAUGCCUGACUAAUUUUUUUUUGAGAUGGGACCUCCCUAUGUUGCCCAGGCUGGAGUGCAGUGAUCUUGGCUCACUGCAACCUCUGCCUCCCGGUUUCAAGUGAUUCUCCUGCCUUGGCCUCCUGAGUAGCUGAGAUUACAGGCAUGUGCCACCACACCCUGCUAAUCUUUGUAUUUUUAGUAGAGACAGGGUUUCAUCAUGUUGGUCAGGCUGGUCUCGAACUCCUGACCUCAGGUGAUCCGACACCCGGCUAGAGACAGAGUUUUACCAUGUUGACCAUUGCGAGGCUGGUCUUGAACUCCUGACCUCCAGUGACCCACCAGCCUCAGCCUCCCAAAGUGCUGGGAUUAUAGGCAUGAGCCACUGUGCCCAGCCUCAGAGUGUUUUUGUUGUAUAUAAAAUAAGAGUGACUUAAACAACAUAAGGGUUUGUUUACAAUUUAACAACAACAUUAAACAAAUGAAACAGUUCAACACAGGUAAAACAGGGCUCCUAAGGGUGCUCUCUGCCUGAACAAGGGAGCCUAGUAUGCAUCUAACCCCCACCACAUGCCUCAUAGUACAAAAUUGUUGCUGGAGUUCUGGCCAUCACAUCUGAAUUCCAGACCGAAAAAUGGAGGAAGAGCAGAAGGACACACUCCCUUAUUGUUAACUCUUUCCCCAUUUGCCACAAGGAAAACCUGCUUGCAACUACAGCAUUUACCCCAAGAUAACUUUGCCACGAAGUAUGUCGCUUUUAUUAUUAUUUUGCCUUGCUCUAGUAUAUUGACUUUAGAAACAAAAGACUUCACUCUAUUUAUAGCAUUCUGGUUUUAAUAGUGGUAUUUCCAUUUAUGAAACAUAGUAAUGCUUGAUUGCUAAAAAUAUCAAAUCCUAGAAAACACAGCAUUUCUCGAUGCCAAGAUGGCCCGAGUCUAGGAUGGAGAAAGAGAGCAAAGCGGUGGCCACUUCUUCCAAAAUAUUCCUGAAAAGCCAGAAAUCUUGCCGGUUAUUUGCCAUCCCCCCGCAUUGAGGAUUAUAGUAACACACUGUCGAACACUCUGGGCGAACCAAAGUAAUACAUCUGCUCUCUAGCUUUGGCCAGUGUGUUAAUUGGCAAAUCCUGAGCUAAGUCAUUGAGAAAGGCCCUUCCACCUUCAAAAUGCCAGAUGCCCAAGCAGCCCCCGCCCUCAAAAAGCUUCAGUCUCAAGAAGGAAAAAGUAUGGAGUUAAAGACUGCAGCUUGAACUGAAAAACCCUGGACAGGCUGCAUGCUGCAGGGAACCCAGUCCAGACCCCAGGAGAGCCCCUCUGUCCCUUCGGACCCCGUCCGUCUCCCAUCUACAAAACGUGGACAUUGGCCCAGUUGACGUGUCUCUGCAAAGAGGUGCAUGUACCACUGGCAGUAUGCAUUUUCCUGGUUCCGUUUACCUGCCUUGAUUUUGUUUCAAGAUUAUCAGUAUAGCCUGGAGACCUUUCCUUGUCAGCCACCCUGCUGCAGGCUGAUCUGGGGAGGCCUCUGGCCCAGGGCAGAUACCACCAUGGCCUUCCUGAUUCACCUGCUGGUCUGCAUCUUUGGAAUGGGCUCCUGGGUGACCAUCAAUGGGCUCUGGGUAGAGCUGCCCCUGCUGGUGAUGGAGCUGCCCGAGGGCUGGUACCUGCCCUCCUACCUCACAGUGGUCAUCCAGCUGGCCAACAUCGGACCCCUCCUGGUCACCCUGCUCCAUCGCUUCCGGCCCAGCUGCCUUUCCGAAGUGCCCAUCAUCUUCACCCUGCUGGGCAUGGGAACCGUCACCUGCAUCAUCUUUGCCUUCCUCUGGAAUAUGUCCUCCUGGGUGCUGGAUCGCCACCACAGCAUCGCCUUCUUGGUCCUCACCUUCUUCCUGGCCCUGGUGGACUGCACCUCCUCAGUCACCUUCCUGCCCUUCAUGAGCCGACUGCCCACCUACUAUCUCACCACAUUCUUUGUGGGUGAAGGACUCAGUGGCCUCUUGCCUGCCCUGGUGGCUCUUGCCCAGGGCUCGGGUCUCACUACCUGCGUCAAUGUGACUGAGAUGUCAGACAGCAUGCCAAGCCCUGUGCCCACGGGGGAGACUGACAUCACACAGGGAAUUCCCACAGCUUUGGUGUCCACUCUCCCCAGAACGGCAGCACCGCUGUCCCACCUAGAGACCCGCUACCUCCCCGCCCACUUCUCACCCCUGGUCUUCUUCCUCCUGCUGUCCUUCAUGAUGGCCUGCUGCCUCAUGGCAUUCUUUGUCCUCCAGCGUCAACCCAGGUGCUGGGAGGCUUCCGUGGAAGACCUCCUCAACGACCAGGUCACCCUCCACUCCAUCCGGCCACGGGAAGAGAAUGACUUGGGCCCCACAGGCACAGUGGACAGCAGCCAGGGCCAGGGACAUCUAGAGGAGAAAGCAGCCCCCUGCUGCCCGGCCCACCUGGCCUUCAUCUAUACCCUGGUGGCCUUCGUCAACGCACUCACCAAUGGCGUGCUGCCCUCUGUACAAACCUACUCCUGCCUAUCCUACGGGCCGGUUGCCUACCACCUGGCCGCCACCCUCAGCAUUGUGGCCAACCCUCUCGCCUCCCUGCUGUCCAUGUUCCUGCCUAACAGGUCUCUGCUGUUCCUGGGGUUCCUCUCCGGGCUCGGGACCUGCUUUGGGGGCUACAACAUGGCCAUGGCGGUGAUGAGCCCCUGCCCGCUCCUGCAGGGCCACUGGGGUGGGGAAGUCCUCAUUGUGGCCUCGUGGGUGCUGUUCAGCGGCUGCCUCAGCUACGUCAAGGUGAUGCUGGGCGUGAUCCUGCGUGACCGCAGCCGCAGCGCCCUCUUGUGGUGCGGGGCGGCGGUGCAGCUGGGCUCGCUGCUCGGAGCCCUGUUCAUGUUUCCGCUGGUAAACGUGCUGCGGCUCUUCUCGUCCGCAGACUUCUGCAGCCUGCACUGCCCGGCCUAGGCAGGCCACCAACCCCGCCCCCAUCGCUAACAGCCGGGAACUGGGGUCCAGAGAGGCCAGGCCACAGAGCAAGUGGCAGAGUCUGACUACUUGAACCAUGAACGCAAGUGCCCACUAGGGACUGUGGGGAAGGUCAGAGGCCACCCAUGGGACCUGGAAAUGCAAGGCACAGACAGCUCUACUCCCAACUCUGUGUCACAGUCCCUGUGACUGCCAGUUCAGAUCGCCUUUGCUUUGACUCUCAAGAGCGGACCGAUUUGCAGCGUGUAGCCGGAGGCAGGCCCAAGGGUGUUAGAAGGGACAGCUGGGAGGGUGAGCUGUCCCUUCAGGCUGUGUGCCUUGGAGAAAUCACUUGGUUUCUCUGUGCCUGUUUCCUCAUCCAUGCAAUGGGGAUUACCAUCUACCUCACAGGCGUGGCACAAAGACAAAAAGAAGCAGCAGCCGGCAUGAAGCAAGCCCUCCUGAGCCAUCUGCUGAUGUGACAGUCCAUGGUGGUGACAAGAGUGACAGUCAACACAACCUAGAAAUGGCCAGAAGAGUUGAGAAAGGCCCCUGCCCACUCUCCUUUGCCCCGAAGUCUCACAGAGCGGCUUCUACAAGACAGGUGGCUGACUGUCGAAUCUUGAACAUCCGGGCUCUCGGAUUCCCAGCAUGGAGGAUGUGGUACCCCCCACACCCCUUCCUGUCAUCCUUCCUGGCCCAUGAAGCCCUACUUGUUGGAGAGUAAGUGCCCUCCUGGAGGCAGGGGGAGAUGAUUUGCUGGUGGGGCUAGGGAAGGCCCACCCAUGAGCCUCUGAAAGCACACUCCCCCACCAGGCUGGGGACCAGACAUGCAGAACUCCUAGACGUAUUCUCUCAAACGGAGGGGGCAGGGUGAUAUUUUGUUUUACUUUCUGUUUUUCAUUUUUUUAAAUAAAGACAUUCUCUGCUUUUA